GGACCUGGCUGGAUAGGUAUGGGGGAUCCAGGCCAGUCCCCUAGUCCCCGGUCCACCCAUGGCAGUCCCCCAACUCUAAGCACUCUCACUCUCCUGCUGCUCCUCUGUGGACAUGCUCAUUCUCAAUGCAAGAUCCUCCGCUGCAAUGCUGAGUACGUGUCGUCCACCCUGAGCCUUAGAGGUGGGGGUUCACCAGGAGCGCUUCGAGGAGGAGGAGGAGGCCGGGGUGGAGGGGUGGGCUCCAUCGGCCUCUGUCGAGCCCUCCGUUCCUACGCCCUCUGCACUCGGCGCACAGCCCGCACCUGCCGCGGGGACCUCGCCUUCCAUUCGGCUGUGCACGGCAUCGAAGACUUGAUGAUCCAGCACAACUGCUCCCGCCAAGGCCCCACUGCCCCGCCCCCGCCCCGGGGCCCAGCCCUUCCAGGCGAAGGCCCCAUCCGCUCCUCUGGCCCCCCAGCCCCGGACCCCUGUGACUAUGAAGGCCGGUUUUCCCGGCUGCACGGUCGUCCCCCGGGCUUCUUGCAUUGUGCCUCCUUCGGGGACCCCCACGUCCGCAGCUUCCACCACCAUUUUCACACGUGCCGUGUCCAAGGAGCUUGGCCCCUGCUGGAUAAUGACUUCCUUUUUGUCCAGGCCACCAGCUCCCCUGUGGCAUCGGGGGCCAACGCCACCACCACCCGGAAGCUCACCAUUAUAUUUAAGAACAUGCAGGAAUGCAUUGAUCAGAAGGUCUACCAGGCUGAGGUGGACAAUCUUCCUGCAGCCUUUGAAGAUGGUUCUAUCAAUGGAGGUGACCGACCUGGGGGCUCAAGUUUGUCCAUUCGAACUGCUAACCUUGGGAGCCAUGUGGAGAUUCGAGCUGCCUAUAUUGGCACAACUAUAAUCAUUCGGCAGACAGCUGGGCAACUCUCCUUCUCCAUCAAGGUAGCAGAGGAUGUAGCCAGGGCCUUCUCAGCUGAGCAGGACCUGCAGCUCUGUGUUGGGGGGUGCCCCCCAAGUCAACGACUCUCUCGCUCAGAGCGCAAUCGUCGGGGAGCUAUAACACUUGAUACUGCCAGACAGCUGUGCAAGGAAGGGCUGCCAGUUGAAGACGCUUACUUCCAUUCCUGUGUCUUUGAUGUUUCAAUCUCUGGUGACCCCAACUUUACUGUGGCAGCUCAGGCAGCUCUGGAGGAUGCCAGAGCCUUCCUACCAGACUUAGAAAAGCUGCAUCUCUUCCCCUCAGAUACCGGAGUUCCUCUUUCCUCAGCAACCCCCCUAGCUCCACUCCUUUCUGGGCUCUUUGUUCUAUGGCUUAGCAUUCAAUAG